GGCGCGCGGUGCGCGCCGCCCGAGCCGGCGGCCAUGGAGCCCCGCGCGCCCUACGACGACUUCCCGGUGGUUUUCCUGCCGCCCUACGAGAGCCCGCCCGCCUGGGUCCCGCCGCACCAGCGGGUGUUUCACCCCGACUACAACAACGAGCUGACGCGGUUCCUGCCCCGCACCAUCGCCCUGCAGAAGCCGCCCGGGGCGCAGUUGGGCUUCAACAUCCGGGGAGGAAAAGCCUCCCAGCUGGGGAUCUUCAUCUCCAAGGUGAUCCCGGACUCGGACGCGCACAGGGCGGGGCUGCAGGAGGGGGACCAGGUGCUGUCGGUGAACGACGUGGAUUUCCAGGACAUCGAGCACAGCAAGGCCGUGGAGAUCCUGAAAACGGCCCGGGAGAUCACGAUGCGCGUGCGCUACUUCCCCUACAAUUACCAGCGGCAGAAGGAACGCACUGUUCACUAACAGGGAGCUCUGCUCCUCCUGCACAAACCUCUCCUGCUUUCCCACCUCCUGAGAUGGCCCAGCACAUCCAGCUCCCACUGCAGGCACCGCUG